GCCUUAAGCAAUAUUAUAUUUUUUCGCACAUGCUCUCACUUAUUAAACCAUACAGAAGAAGAGUGCAAAGGUUUCUUAUCACCGAUCAGGUCGAAUUCAACUAAAGCAUUAGAGAAUGAUGUCCAGGGAUAUGCCACAUUUGUCUUAACAGUUAAAACUGUAAUGGAGUCAAUUGGGCCCGCCAUAAUGUUAAUGUUUCUCGGAGUAUGGUCUGACACUUAUGGAAGGAAGCCCUUGAUUGUGUGGCCAAUGUUAGGUUUGGCCCUGUCUUCUAUGCUGAUCGUCGUGUAUGGCUUAAUAGAUUUGAAUCCCUGGUGGUAUAUCCUAACAGUCAUUCCUUUCUCAUUUACUGGCGGUUAUGUAGUCAUGUUUACAGGUGCAUAUUGUUAUGUGAGUGAUAUUGCAACCACAGAAAGUACAACACUUAGAAUGGUUUUGAUUGACGCAACAAUUUCGUUAGGGAAUGUUUUAGGAUCACUGAGUAGCAUAUACUUAAUUCUGUUAAUUGGUAAUGUUAAUCUGUUACUUGUGAGCGCUACUUUGCAUGUUUUAGCAUAUGCUUUCACAAAUGUUUAUGUAAGAGAGUCAUUGGUUGGAGCUUUAGAGGGUGGUUUUUGUAAGAUAUUGGAUUGGCUGCAUGUUAGAGAAAUGGUGCAUGAAUGUUUCAAAGAACGACCCAAUCACGGAAGGAUACAAGUUCUGUUACUGAUAUUAGUGCGAUGUAUAUCAGUGUUUCUUUUUGUUGGAACUAUGGGUUUGGAAUAUCUGUACUCUAGGGAAAAGUUGAAUUGGGCUUUGGAUGACUACAACACAUACUCGGCUGUAAGCACUGCUGUACUGUUUGUAGGGAGUUUCUUUGGUAUUAUGGUCUUUCAGAAAUUGCUGCGCAUAAGUGAUUUAAUGUUCGCAAUCAUAUCAUUAAUUAUGUCCGGCACCGAGUUUGUUUUAAAAGCAUUCGCUGUGACGUCAUGGCAGAUGUAUUUAAGUAUUUCAAUAUCGUUCUUCAAAGACCUUUCCGGGUCCUUGACAAGGUCAUUUAUAACAAAGUCAUUUCCUGUAGAAGACAUUGCAAAGAUAUUUUCUCUGAUGUGCGCUUUAGAAGGGAUGUGUCCUAUUAUUGCUCCCAUCGUUUACAAUACUAUAUACGGUCUCACUCUGACUACUUUCCCUGGGACUUUUUAUUUGUUGAGCGCCGGAUUGGUUGUCGUAAACGUGGUAUUAAUAGGGUUCGUAAAGUACUAUUCCUGGAACGCACCAACUGUUCCUUACCGAUCCUUGGCAGAUGAAGAAGCCUAAAUAAACUUACAA